GCAGCUGUCAGCUGAUCACGGACCCGCAUUGUCACAUGCUGCCCUACAAUCAAACAUGGCUGUUCUCCUCCGUCGCCGUGGUGAAGAGCUCAGAGGUCGACAUGCUGCUAAGGUUCUUCAGCUACCUCAGCAGACUCUCCUGCUACAGACACAUCAUGCUGUUCGGCUGCUCGCUGGCUCUGCCAGAGUGCAUCACCGCCACCGACGGCUCGCACAACAGACAGGUCGUGCUGCCCUGUGCGUCAUUCUGCGAGGCGGCGAGGGAAGGCUGUGAGCCUGUCCUCCAGAUGUUCAACGCCUCCUGGCCCGACUUCCUGCGCUGCUCUCAGUUCAGCAAUGUCACCUCCACGCCUCCGCCACUGUCAUCAUCAUCAUCGUCAUCAUUGGCACCCUCACCAACAGCAGGCCCCGCCCCUUUCACCUGCUACAGCCCGCGACAGACCAAAGGGAAACCAUCUGUGUGCGGCGGGAAGGAUCACUUCCUUUGUGCGACAGGGAUCUGCAUCCCCCAGAAACUGGUGUGUAACGGCUACAACGACUGUGACGACUGGAGUGACGAAACGCACUGCG